GUCGUGGGCUGCAUGGUGCGGACGUGUUGACGGCCAUCGAUGAGCGGUUCGACGACUUGGAGGACAAUGUGGCGGAGCUACAGCAAGCAGUCAUCGCUUUGCAGCAGCUCCUCUCACAGAACUCGCCAAGUAACGGAUGCGUGGUCUGCCGCGUGAAUGUGGACGAUCCAGUCAUAUUCCACAGGGAGAACGGAGAGGAGAACCACUCAGACGAUGCGAGCCAAGAAGCGCCUUCCUCCGCUAAGCUGACUUCGCCGCCUGCACCGCCUGCACCGUCUGCACCGCCUUCGCCCAUGGUCUCGCCCAUGUCAGUCCCGCAUGACAAGUCAGAUCGCACCAGUGGCCGGAGGAUUACUGACUUGAUUGCCAACAAGGUUGCUGACGUGGAUGAAUCUAUCUUAAACAACCAGACGCAGGAGUAUUAUACGUUUGGCGAGUCUACGUGGGACCUUUUCAUCUUCAUUGGUACUGGAGCACUUGGCCCUCUGGGUUCUUUACAAACCUUUCUGCUCGCUGUGGUGAAUGUCCUGAUGCAGAUCGUCUUCGCAGGCAUUGCUUUCUUCAACUUCAUCGACCCUGAGAUCGAUGAGAAGACCGUUCAGGACGCCACUCGCUGGAGGCGAUCUUCAGGACACUCCUUGAGCUCUUAUGAUGAGGUCUCGCGAAAUUCCCUGGUGGACAGGGUAUGCUCACUGGACAAGUCGCUACAUGAGUCCGGAAUUCAGAUGGCGCUUUACGAGCAUAUCGGAAAGUACCUCAAGCCAGAUGCGCGCGGCUUUGAAGCUGUUUUCACAGGGGAGCUCCUUUGUAUUGUGGCCUUAGUCUGCUGGUAUCUGAUGGUGGCCAAGGAGGUAAGUCACGCCCUUGCCCUCCAUCGAGCUGUCGCAGCGCUACCCAGGGGUCGGACCACGCUGGAUACCAGGGAGAACCCGUUCACACGUGUGGUGCACUACCGUGUUAAGAGCAUGAACAGGAGGCGAAAAGCGGUGAGCUUCGUGUUGCUGCUCUACCGGCUCUUCUCCGCAGGCCUCCUUGUCUAUGUCGGCACCUUCUUCUUGGUGUAUACCGUUAGCGUCACAGAGCUGAUCCUCAAUGCUGUAGCCCUGGGCAUCAUCCUUGACAUCGACGAUCUCCUCUUCGAUGCUUUGGCCACCACCCCCGGGCGGCAUCUGGUGCACCAGUUGGACCCGUUGCAGAUGCCAUCCGUGCCGCGAUGGAGAGGUGCUGAUGCCAAGUCCCUGGCCAUGUCCUUGCUAAUCCCAACCUUGGUGGUCAUCGUUUACCUGACUAUGCUCCAGCCCAUGGUGGGCAGUCUCAUGGAUGUUCGAGAGGCUAUGUGCGGAGGACAGACCAGCUUUGUGUGGAUGCAGGAUCCACGCCGCAUCAUGUUGAUGGCGCCGACCGCUGGGGGCGGCUGGGAAGACGAUGACCAGAGCGUGAAGACUGUUGCGGUGCAAGAAGCAUCACAGAUUGGCUUUGGCAUAGAGCAGAACGACACGAGCUACGGUAUUUGGUUCACAGACGUGGCGCUACUUGCCACGGCCGCCAGUCGAGAUCUGGAUGAAGUGUUGGAUGCAGAGAACCCAGCAUGUGGGGAUCUUGCCAACGAAGGAAAGAUGCUCAACUAUUUGCGAUUCUUUCUGAAAAAUGACAGCAUACGCAAUUGCAGCGAUGCCGUCGGCUACUGUGACUCUGUCACGAAGAUACCCACACUUGAAGGUGAUGGUGGCUUAGGCUUCGUGACCCGAAUGCUGUGCCCAGACACCUGCGGUUGCAACACGCCAGCUGGAGAGUUCAUGGAUGUUCAAGGCUGCUCCUACGGAGGUUCGUCACGCCCAUGCUUGUUGCAUGACCGGUGGAGGGAUGUGCGAAGGGAGAGUGUCUGCAAGGAGAAGAGUGCAGAAGAACUUCGCCAGCUUCCCCAGUGGGCUGCAUGGGUGGAGCACAUCCGAAGCUAUGCCCGGUCAGACGCGGAUCUGAAAGGCAAAGCGGAAGCCUGGAAGCUCGCGCAGGCCAUGUGGGAUUACGGGUGCAAGUUCGGAGACAACAUGUCGGCCGAGGGUAUUGAUUAUGGAAGCUGUCUCAAUUGGAACAGUGGGGUCUUCGAAUUCAAGCUGAAGACGAUGGAAAAUAUUUGCCCGGAGACGUGCAACUGCAACAACAACAAACGAUCAACGGCAUGUCCGAGGCCACUGGGCCGAACAUGCGAAGUCAUGGAGGACUGCCUCUGGUACCAGGAACAACACUGGUGUCCGCAUGUCACUUCCACCGUGGCUGGCAGCUUCUCAGGCAGCAUCGCGAACACGACCGUGGCGCAAGACCACUGGGCCUCUGUACAACUCGGUCUUCGCCAGACCUUGGCGCAGACUGCAGGGAACGGGAUUGAGCCAGGAAUGGUUCUUCUCACUACCAACUCUCCGCCUUCCGAUCGGCUGCUCAUGGAGGAGGGAUUGCGAAAGCUGCAAAUGGCACUCUCUGGAUCAUUCAGCAUCUUCCUCGUUAAUGAAACUAUGGUCAAGAGGACAAUCACGGCGGCAGUCUUUGGUGUCAGCGUGGGAGACAUCACGUCGCAGCUUGUGGCAAAUCUUGAAAUACUUUCAGUACCCACAGAGCUGGGAAUCUCCUUGAGCAGCUUUGACGACUCCUGA